AUGGCGACAUGCAUAAGUCCGAUAAUAGGAAUAAGUUCGGUGUUGGGUAGAAAUCCAACGACAGUCGGCGGACGGGCAGAACUCCAACAUCAGUUGGUGGUCAGGCAGAACUCUGCAUCGGUCCUUUGUCGGGAAGAACUCUGGCGUCGGUCGGAUGCCAGUUGGCGAUUGGACAGAACUCCAACACCAGUUGGUGAUAAGGCAGAACUCCAACGUCGGUUGGCUGCCGGAAGCUUAGGAGUAAGGCGGUGGCAGUGGAAGAUCUGUAAUAGAGCGGCUACCGGCGCGCCUGUGACCAUAGCUCCGAACGUGAUCACGGCGGAGUUCAGGACGUUUAUUGAGAUCAUACUAGAGAACCCGGAGCAGAGCGUGCAGUCCUACCAUCUUAAUGGCUAUUCUUUCUUCCCUACUGGAAUGGGGCCUGGAAUCUGGACUCCGGAGAGUAGAAAAACAUACAACUUACUUGAUGCGGUGAGCAGGCACACCAUCCAGGUGUAUCCAAGUUCGUGGACGGCGAUCAUGUUGACCUUCGACAAUGCUGGUAUGUGGAACCUGAGAUCGGAGAUUUGGGACCGCCGUUAUCUCGGGCAGCAGCUUUAUAUAAGCGUUCUCUCGCCGGAGAGGUCUCUCAGGGAUGAGUACAAUAUGCCUGAGAAUGCUCUCCGUUGUGGCGCCGUUACUAAUCUUCCCCUCCCACUGCCUUACUCUUAA